GCGUUGUUUGCGUUUUCACAUGCCGCCAUAUUGUGUGACUAUCAUCAGCGCGGGUCAACUACUACUUAUGCUACUUGUAUGGAAGUUUUUUUAGUAAUACAUGUUUUUUUGUCAUAAAUUAAUAAACAGUGAUUGAAUAUUAAUAAUCGUGUUAAUAUAUAUAAUAAUAAACGUUUGUAGAUUUAUAUAAAAUGGAUCCAGCAAAAUUAAAAGUUGUUGAAUUAAGAUCUGAAUUAAGUCAACGUGGUUUAGAUACCAAAGGAGUUAAAGCGGUUCUUGUUGAGCGGCUUCGCAAGGCGUUGGAAGAUGAAUCUAAUGACGUCAAAAAAAGUGUACCAAGUGACUCGUGUACGAAAAAUUCAUCUGAAGAAAGUGUAGAUAAUGAUGAGAAACGUGAAAAAAGUCCAGAAGUUACAAAAGUUAUAACGAGUCCAGUUAAAACACCUGGUAGAUCACCAAAAAGAAGUUCUUCAGGUAGUAGUCCUACUAAAGUAACUAGUACACGUAGUUCACCAAAAACUUUAGCUGUUGUUGCUGAUAAAAUUACACAAGAAUCACCAGUUAAGUCACCAGUUAUUGAAAAAGCAUCACCAGUCAUCGAAACACCGGUACCAGCCCCUGUUACUGAUGCUACUGAUGAUGAUGAUGAUCAGGUUGAUGAAGCUGAUAAAUCAGUUACUAAAAUUGAUAGCACGGGUGUUGAAUUGACCAGUGAAUCAUCAGAAAUGGAAUGUACACCUCAAGUUGCUGAAGAAGCGCCUGAGAUUCGGCCAUCUAUUCAAGAUGAACCUGAAGCUGUUACUAAGACAGCGAUUGAUGCUGAAGCUUGUGGUAAAAUGGAAAUUUCUAAUAAAUCCGAUGAAUUGCCUGAUAAAUCAGUAGCUUUAGAAAAUGACAAAGAAGACGAGUGUCUUGAGGAAAAAAAAGAGUGUCCAGAAGAAAAAGAAAUUUCCGAUGAGAAUGAGGAUGAUGGUGAUGGUGAUGAUAAGACUGAUUUGAAUGAAAAUAAAAAAGAAUCAGUAGACAAUGAAAUGGAGGUCAAUGAUGUGGAUAAUUAUGACAAUUCAAGCAUAACAAAAAAUGAAGAAAAUGCUGAGGAUGCUAGAUCAUCAGAUAUUAAAGACAGUGAAAUGGCUAAAGUUGAUCCUGAACCGGAAGAAGAAAAAAUAAAAACUGAUGAAAGAGCGGAAGAAGCUGAAAAUGAAAAGACAAAUGAUGAUGUUGAAAUUAAGAAAAAAGAACAAGACGAACGUGAUUCUAAAGAUCAUCAGGACAGACGUGAUCGUAAAGAUAGAAAACGAAAACGUUCAAAUAGUUCACAGGAUGAUCGGCAUAAAAGUCCUAGUAGAAUGGACGACGAGCCAGAGAUUGAUUACUCAAGAGUUUUAUUGUCUUGGUAUGAUUCAGAUUUAAAUUUGAUUAUUGACAAAACAAAAUUUUUAUCCGCAACGCCAAUGCACAAUGAUGGGUUUGGUUACGUAUGGGCCGGUGCAAGAGCGUCAUUUGGUUUUACAAAUGGUAAAGUAUACUAUGAAGUUAAAAUUACACAUCAGUGUAAUGUUUCAUUGGAAGAUGAAGAAAAUCCCCAUGUUUUACGCGCCGGUUGGUCUGCGCCAUUGACCAGUAUGCAAUUGGGAGAAGAAAAAUUAAGUUACGGCUACGGUGAGACGGGUAAAAAAUGUACUGACAAUGAUUUUAAAGAUUAUGGACCUACUUUUGGUUUAAAUGACGUCGUUGGAUGUUAUUUAGACAUGUCUGAUGAUGAUGUUGUUAUAUCUUAUACUCUAAACAAUGAAAGUUUGGGUGAAGCAUUUAAAUUUUCAAAAUCAGAGCUUGAUGGUAAAGCAUUAUUUCCACAUAUACUGACUAAGAACUAUGCAUUUGUUUGUAAUUUUGGUGACGAAGAACCCUGGAGUACAAAUAUUUUGAAUGGUUACACACCUGUUGGUAAAGUUGAUGUCAAUGAACGAAUACCUGGACCACGUAGACCUGAUGGUAGACAAGAGUGUGAGAUACUUAUGAUGGUUGGCUUGCCGUCUGCUGGAAAAACUGUUUGGGCAAAUAAAUAUUCAAACGAUAAUCUGGAAAAAAAAUAUAAUAUAUUGGGUGUUAGCAAUAUAAUUGAUAGAAUGAAGGUAAUGGGAUUGCCGAGAAGAGAUAAUCAUAAAGGAAAUUGGGAUCAACUGAUGGGUAAAUGCACACGUUGUCUUAAUAAAUUGAUUGAAGUUGCUGCGACAAGAAGACGUAAUUAUAUACUUGAUCAGACAAAUGUAUAUCCUUCGGCGCAAAGACGUAAGAUGAGACAGUUCAAUGGAUUCCAACGUAAAGCUAUUAUCAUAGUACCAACAGAUGAAGAAUUUAAAUCCCGUGCUGCUAAACGUGAACUAGUUGACGGCAAAGAUCUUCCUGAUUCUGAAUUUAUGGAAAUGAAAGCGAAUUUCGCUGCACCAUCAGUAGGAGAAUCGUUUGAUAUUAUUGAAUGGAUUGAACUUGAUGAAGAAGAGGCUAAAAAAUUAAUAUCAAAGUAUAAUAAAGAAGGCAAAGAUGCUGGAUUUGGUCAACCGCAAUCAAGUAGUAAAAGACCGCGAUUAGAAAAAAGCGAUAGUCAUCGAGAUAGCCGUGAUACGCGGUCUAGUCGAGACAGCAGAGACAGUCGGGAUCAUCGUGAUCGUCGUAGUGACUCUGAUAGAAAUCGUAAUUCAACGUGGCGCGGUAGUAUGGGUAGUGGUGGCGGUAGUAAUUGGAGAGACCGCGGACCACGUAGUGGCCCACCAAUGAGACACAGUGGUAGUUAUGGUGGUUCCUCAAGAGGUUGGGGCGGUCGUGGCGGACCAAGUUCUUCGCAGUCACAUCGUGGAAGUGACAGACGUGGUAGUUCAUCAAGUGACAGACGAUCGGGAGCCGUUGAACGCAGUCGAUCGGGUUCGGUACGACAAGGUGGUGGCUGGGGUCCAAUGAACAGCAGUUAUGGUUCCUCGCACUCGUCGGGUGCAUGGAGUGGAAGUGGACACGGUGGCGGUGGCUGGUCUGGACAAUCUCAGCAACAAAAUAAUUGGGGAAGUGGUAGUUGGGCUGGCCAACAAUCAAGUAGCUGGGGCAAUUGGAAAGGUUAUGGUGGUCAACCGAGUCAGAGCAGUUAUAAUCAAUCGGGUUACGGUAAUGGUAGUAAUUGGGGUAGUUGGAACCAACAGCAGCAGUAUUACAAUCAGUAUUGGGGCCAGCAACAAUCACAGAGUCAGUCUGUCAGUACCACUGGUCAAACUGCAACUACGACAGGAAGUAGUUCAACUACAGCAUCAACAGCCAGUACAGGGUCUACACAAAACAGCAGUUACCCACAAGGAUGGCAAGGAUACGCAACGUCCUAUUAUCCGACUAGUGGUUCAACAACAAAUGCUCAGCAACAAAAAUAAAUAAUUCAUUAACUAAUAAAUAAAUAAUUAUCAUUUAAUGUAUAAGUGAGUAUUUUUUACUUUAUUAUUUAAAUAAAUAAAUCAUUUCUUUAUCCACUGGAUUAUUUAUAUUCAAUUUAUAUAUUAGUCUGUAAUUUAUCAUUUUCGUGGAUGUUAUAUUUACAUAAAUAUAUGAAAGUACGUUUUUAUUGUUCACUCUCAAACGAUUUAUAAAUUACAAUUAUUUUUUUCAUUAAUUAAAAAUAAAACACUCAUGCACAAAAUAAAAUAUAUAUUUAUCUGAAAAUAAAAAUAUAUUUCAAUGAAGUCUUAGAUAAAUUUUUUAAAUUAAUAAAAAUAACAAUACCUUUUUUUCAUGCCAAGUUUAAUGUAAAUAUGUACAGAUUUUAUCAGUUUAUGAAAACUUGUGAAUAAUCACUUGUGUUUCGUAAUUUUUCACUGUUUCGAUAAAUUAAAUCUCACAAAAUAACACGAUACUGACGUUAGCCGACGUUUAACAAU